ACUUCACUGUCAUGAUGACAUUAGUUAGGCUACUUUUUGACAGUCUGUGGAUGACAAACGUCAUUAUUUUCGCGCUCAUACGUGCUUGCUUUAUCGUUCUGCAAAUUAUUUUUAAUUGUUAAUAAGUGGCUAUUUGACAAUAUGGAAAACGACCGACAAGAAUACAAUGUGGAUAACGAACUUCGAGGUAUGUAUUACAAUAUUCCAUUGUAUUGUAUUGCAAUAAACAUGAAGUGUUAUUUGUUAAUAGUCUUCUAAGAGUUUUCAUUGUUUACAGAAAUCUUUGGGUCUGAAGCAGAAGAAGAUCCAUUUCAAGACUCUGGUUCAGAAUACCAGCCAUCUGGACGUAAUUCGACAGCAUCUACUACUGAUUUAAUUGAGAUUUUAGGUGACGAAAACCAAUCCCCAAAUAAUGUAACUUCUGAAAUUACUCCAGUUCAAUGUAAACCUAGAAAAAGAGUGAAACAACCUAGCAAAUGGAAGAAGAAUGUGAGAAAGGAAAAGCGUUCAAGAGGUGAGGAAUAUAUUAAUGUUAAAGGUGUUCUAGUGCCACCAAAACAAAUUAUUGAUACUGCUCGUGAGUGUAAUUGCCAACAUAAGUGUCAUGAAAAGAUUCUGCCUGCUCAGCAAAUAAUUCUGUUCAACAGCUUUUAUGCUUGGGGAAAUUAUAACUUGCAGACAUCUUAGGGUAUGUACGCACUAUGCGGAUAGCCGGAGUGCGGUUAACCGUCCGGUUAACCGCAAUCAAAAAAAUGUAUGAAAAAUUAGUAUUUAUACGGACUGUCAUGCGGCUGCCGCUCAACCGUUGCGGUCGCUCGCAGCACUGCGGCCCGACUGACGGUCAUCCGGACGGUUGCUAUACCCACUACGCGGUUAGUAGUUUGCGGUCGACCGCCCGCCACUGACGACGCACGUGUGUACCUACCUACUGACGCGCUAAAAACGGACGCAAUGAAUUUCGAUACAGAAAAGUUUAUAAUUGAAAUACAGAAUAGGCCGGCAAUAUGGAAUACAAAAUCUACGGAAUACUCUGAGAGAAACUUACGGCAAAAAGCUUGGGAAGAAUUGGUGGAAAUCGAUGGAACUGAUUUACCACAGGAUAAAAAAAACAACUCGGUCUGGAUCUUCAAAAAAGAAGAGUGGAGAAACAUUCGCGACGCUUUUGUAAAGGCCCAUAAAGCAAAAGAAAGCAAGAGUGGGUCUGCGGCAAAAAAGAAGGUCCCAUAUGUAUUCUAUAAUAAUCUUUUAUUUAUAAAAGAUACAGUAACGGUUAACCGCACAGAUGGUAAUGCUACAGGAAAUGACGAUGAAAACACGAGUAUACAGACAGAAGUCAAUGUUCCGUCAAUGUCUUCAUUGCCGCCAAAAAGACGUAAGAAAAACAACGAUGAUAAUGAAGUCGGUGCACAGUUAGUUGGAGUGUUGAGUAAAAAUUUAGAAAGAAAGAAUAUGGAUGAUGACGUCUUCAGCGUCCAUCUUCGAAAUGGUUCGACGAAACCGCAACGUUAUCCUAUCCGCACUUUCCGGUUGCGGUUACGGCUAGCCGCCGCCCGGUUAACCGCAGUUGCAACCGCGUCCUGCGGCUAACCGGACGGUUGACCGCAUUCCGGCUAUCCGCAUAGUGCGUACAUACCCUUACCUUUUUUCUUUAAUUAAGGUGAUGCCAAAAAAGACAUGCACUGCUUCUGCUGAAUCUAGGCGUUCAAAUUCAAGGGUGUAUCAAGUUCUUAAUGGUGAUGGCUUGUAUGUUACUGUAUGCAAAACAUAUUUUAAAAAGCUUUUUGGUGUCAGUGAUGGCAGAUUGUCUAGAGUUUUAAAACAUAAACUAGUUAUUCCCACACCUCCCACAGAUCUAAGAGGAAACCAUGUGCCUUCAAAUAAAACUCCAGAGAACAAAAUACAAAUUGUUAAAAACUUUAUCAAUAAAUUUCCCAAAUAUGAGUCACAUUAUACCCUACACAAGAGCACAAACCGAAUGUAUUUAGCACCUGACUUGGGCUUGCCUAAACUGAUUUCUUUAUAUAAAGAAGAAACACCACCUUCUGAACAAGUGUCAAAUUUUAUGUUUAGAAAAGUUUUUAAUGAGCAAUUCAACCUAUCUUUUCAUGCACCAAUUACUGAUUCCUGUAAAAAAUGUGAUAAUUUUAAAAUAAAAAUAGAAGCUGAAGAAUCAUCUGUCAAAAAGGAUGAACUUGAUUCUCAAAGGAAACUACAUCUCUUAAUGGCUGAAUCUGCAAGAAAUAAUUUUAAGAUAGAUAAGAAUAGAGCUGCAGAUGAUUCUGAUUUAACAGUUAUAGUAUUUGAUCUCAUGAAAACUUUACCUACUCCUGUUAUUUCUACAGGAAUUUGCUAUUAUAAAAGACAGCUUUGGACUUACUGCCUGGGAAUUCAUAAUGCUAAUAAUGAUGAAGUAACCAUGUAUGUGUGGGAUGAAACUAUAGCUUCCAGGGGUCGUCAGGAGAUUGGUUCCUGCUUAUUGCGUUUUAUCAAAGAGAAAGUCAAGACUAAAAAGUUAAUUAUGUACUCAAUAUCUAUAUAUUAUAUUAUAUAAUAUCAAUAAUUAUGUACAAAACAGAAAUAUUAAAAUGGCUACUCUUUGCCAGUAUAUUGUUGCCCAUCUAGAUUACACAGUAGAUAACAUAGACCAUAAGUUCUAUGUCAGUGGGCACUCAUACUUAGCAUGUGACCAAGAUUUUGGAUUAGUGGAGAAAAAGAAAAAGUUUUUCAAAAAUAUUUACUUACCGGAUGACUGGACUACUGUUAUUAAGGCAGCUAGGGACAGGAACCCAUUUGAUGUCAUAAAAAUGACAAAAGAUGACUUUAUUUCAACAAAAAAGCUGGAGAAUAACAUUACCAACAGGAAGAUAACUGCUGAAAAAUCAAAGGUACAGUGGCUCAGCAUGCAGUGGCUCCUGUUUAAUAAAAUGCAUCCAUUUAAAUUAUUUUUUAAAUAUUCUAAUAAUGAAGAUGUUUUAUUUGAAAAUGUAGAUUUAAAGAAAAGGGGCUCUACAGAUUUGACUGGUAUUAAGCUGGAUCCUUUAUACCCUGAUGGAAAACCCAUAAGUUGUGAGAAAAAAAAGGACUUAUUAGAUCUUUUGCAUUUUAUACCUCCAGUGCAUCACAGCUUUUAUACCAGUAUCAAAGAUAAUGUGUCGGUAAGAAAUGUCAUAGAUGUUGAGGAUGACAUUGAUAGUGACUAAGAAUACCUUUAUUGUUAUUGCUGUUGAUGUUGCUUUUUUUAGUAAGUGUUUUUUAAUAAACAAUUGGCCUAACAA